CGUGCGUGCUGACGCCACGACGCACGUCCUCGCCGAGCGUGAUGACGGCGGCCGUGGGGGGUGACGUCAGGACCGCGUGGUUCGCGACUUCCAGAAAGGAGUCACGUGACCUUCGAGCGACUUUUAUUGCGAAUUAUCCUGACGCCUUACAUUUUAAUUAAUUAAAAAUACUAGAAAAAUAUAUAUUCGAAGUUUUAACUUAAAUACACGCCAGUUAUGUUGUGCACAGGAAGUGGAUAUUGCAAGAUUUGACUUGAUGAGGGAGGAUGACAAAACGCAGUGCUGAGAAGCUAUUUGUAAAGUUUGUUGAAGACAAUGAAAAUGAAUCAAAAUAUUUCAAAGAAGCUUAUGAGAAAAUCUGCAAAAUUCAGUCGGAGUCGUUACUGCAGCGAGUGGAUGCGGCGAAGGUGCUGACAUUGAAGGAGAAGGAUAGGUCACUCUAUGUGUGCGACCCCUUCCAUGGAGUCGCCUUUGACCACCUUGUCAAAAUGGGGUGCCGAGUGGUGGGGCCACAAGUGGUGCUGUUCUGCUUGGACAGGGAGCGCUGCGUUCCAAAGGCUGAGCACCCUGUGUAUAACAUGGCUCUUGCAGACGCAGUACUGUCCUGCACCAACCUUGACAAGGAUGUCCGUGAGGAAAUGCACAGGCUGAUAGGGCUGAUGGGAGGCCGGGUGCUGAGGGACUUCACAAGUGCCGUCACCCACCUGGUGGCUGGGGAGGUUGGCAGCAAGAAGUACUUGGUGGCUGCCAGUCUGAAGAAGCCCAUAAUGCUUGUCUCCUGGAUCACCACUUGCUGGGAAGCUUCCCAGGAGAGGAUGGUGUGCGGUACGGACAAUGAGUGGCUAGAGAAGCACAUGUGUCCACCACUGCAGGGCUGCAUGCUGAGUGUAACGGGGCUAAGCACCCAGGAGAGACGGGACAUCCAGCGCCUCGUAACCAAGCAUGGUGGCACCUACUCUGGAGAACUCAAGAUGAACGAGUGCACGCACCUCAUCGUGCACAAGCCACAUGGGCAAAAGUAUGAAUUUGCACGCAAGUGGAACGUGGCGUGCGUGACGGUGCAGUGGCUGCACGACAGUGUGGAGCGGGGAGCGUGCCAGGACGAGAGUCUCUACUCCGUGCUGCCACUCGAUGACAUAGAGGGGGGGCCCCAGGAGCCGAGCACCUCCACACCCUCCCCCUCACGCGGCCGCCCUGGCUCCUGUGCCAUGUCAAACGUAAGCAGCAUCUCGAACAUAAGCAUGAGUCGCAUCAACGAGACGGUCUCCACCACAUCCAUGGCCACACGGUUGGAGGUGAUGGCAAUGGGGGCUCGGGCCGAGGUGGACGAGCUGGAUUCCCUGGACCCUGCACAUCUGUAUGGCCUUGACUCUUUAUUGGAUGGCUGCAAGAUCUUUGUGUGCGGGUUUUCUGGGAAACGUCUGGAGAAGCUGCGGAGGCUGGUAAACCUCGGUGGAGGAGUACGCUACAACCAGAACAGUGCAGAUGUGACUCACAUCAUCGUCGGGGACCGUGGCCGGGAGCGGGAUCUGACUCUUGUGCAGGAGAACUCCAUGCGUAACGUCGUGACGGCCAAGUGGCUUGUAGACUGCUUCACCCAGCGCCGCCUACUACCAACCGAGCUGUACCUUCAUCCCGACUACACGGCCCCAGAGGAGAUCCUCCUGCAGGCCCCUUUGGCCCCCGUAGCCAGUGCCCCGAGUCAGCAGAGAGUGCCGCCCCUCACUGCGCAGGGCCCUGCAGGGCGAGGCCGUGGAAUCCGCAGCAAUGCCGGUGACGGGAUGGAACGGACAGAUGAUGAGCUCAUGUUGCAAUAUUCACAGUCAACAGCAGAUGGCAUGGUCAGCAGAAAUGCAACAGACAGAACGUACACGGAAGAAUCUCACACCAAUACAACAAUCAUCAACGCGAUGCCUUCCACAAGACUUUUGGCGAGCAUGGCCACCAAGGGCGACUCGACGCUGUGCGAGGACUCAGGUGCCGGUAUUUUCAGCGGCAAGCGGUUUGCGGUGGUGGGGUUCUCUGCAGACGAGGAGUCCGAGCUGGCACUGCUGGUGAGCGAGCACGGCGGGAAGAUGCUGCCAAAAAAUUCUCGCGCCGUGGCCCACUACGCCGUGGUGCCUCUGCUGGGCUGCGAGGUGGAGAACACUGUGCACGAGGUCGUCACCAACACAUGGCUGGUGAUGUGCGUGGAGCAGCAAAAGUUGCUGGAGCUCAAUUCCAACCCUCUGUUCACGCCUGUGCCCGUGCUGGAGGGACACUACCCACUGUCCGCCUGCGUCCUGUCAAUCAGUCAGUUCACAGGGACUGAACGUGACUCUCUCAUCUUCCUGGCUGAAAGACUUGGGGCAAGGGUACAGGAGUUUUUUGUGCGCAAGGCUAAUCCCAAGAAGAACAUGCAUGCGAGCACACACCUCCUGGUGCGAGAGGCCAGCGGCUGCAAGUUUGAGGCAGCGAUCAAGUGGGAUCUACCAGCAGUGGGCGUGGGUUGGCUGCUUGAGUCGGCUCGCAAGGGAUGUCGCGCCAAGGAGCACAGGCACACUGUGCGGCUCGCCCAAACCACAGAGCCUGGUACGCCAGUCAGUGCUGGCCAGAGCCGUGAACAGGAGAUGCCCAAUGCUGCACCGGUGGUAGACGCAGCACACACACCCACAGAUUCAUCGCUCGCACUGGAGUCCAAGUUUGUGACGCCACUGGACUUUAAUCGUUUUCGAAGCAAAACUUUCCACAACGUACUAGCAGCGGAGAGGGAUGGCACAGCAUCAUCUGAGGCAGCGGCCGCGAUGGAUCCGAAGGUGGGUGCAGUUGUCGGCAAGGCUGCCUCAGAUAAGGACACUGCUCGGAAAGUGGCAGGCGGUGGCAGUGGGUCAGAGGCUCCCCAGGACACACCCUCCAAAUUCCUCUGUCGAGACAAACUCAUCAAGCCCUGCUUUGAUGUGAAGGACUCGCUCAAGGCCUUGGAGUCACCUGAGGGCGGGCAGGGUGCAGCUGACCGCUCGGCCAGCGGCACACCCCUGUCUCAGCUCUUCCGCAACAACCUCAACGUGGCCCUGGCCAACAGCACCCGGCCCGUAGACCCCGCCAGCCCCGUGUUGCCCAAGGCCGUGCAACGUGAGCAGAAAGAAACCACAAGCAUUUUAUCAGGAGUGGUGAUAUGCGUGAGCAAGAAGCUUAGCAAGAGACAGGCAGAGCUGAACAGCAUCGCUGCCUCGCUGGGAGCGGAGUAUCGGUGGAGCUUUGAUGAGGAAGUGACGCAUUUCGUCUAUCAGGGCCGAGCUAACGACAACUCGCAGGAGUACCGUGUCGUGCGUGAUCGUGGCAUCCACGUCGUGUCCGAGCACUGGCUACACGCUUGUGCUCAGGAGCAGAAGCACGUGGCUGAGACUCUGUACCCACACUCCUACAACCCCAGCCUGAGCCUGGACCUGAGUGCAGUGCAGCAGCCACAGCGUGUGACACGUACCUUGCGGCGGCAUCCCGGCUCAUGCGCUGUCAACAGCCAGGACCUGGACACAGAAGAGGAGGAUGAAUAUAUAGCCCAGCAUGGAAAACAUUCCAACCAGCAAUAUGAGCAGAGUAAAGAUACAAUUAUAGGAAAAAAUGAUGCGCUGGCGACGCUGGAGUUGCGGGAGAACUUGCAGCAACAGCUCCAGGAGAUCAUGAUGGCAACGAAGGCAGGAGCAAUUGGCCCCAGCCGUCUGGGCACCAACUCCCCGCAGCCUCAGCAAGACACAAGCAGCGGGGCAAUGCGCUCAGGACGGAUCAGCCGCAGUCGAACCUGGGACAACGUGAGGUCGUCUCCUGCACCUCUGGACACGCACUCUGAGCAGUCGCAGGGCGACCAGAUCACGUGGGAUGACCCCACGGCUCGGGAGGAGCGUGCCCGCCUAGCAACUCAGCUGCAUUGUGGAGCCAUGAACUCCACACCCGGCCCGACUUCUGGGCCGCCUCCUGACCCCAUUCCUACAUCCAGCACAGCCAAGCAGCAGCCUCCCCUUGUCCAGCCUGCGCUCGCGAACGUGGAGAAGAGCAAGCAGGAGGUUCCUGAGCAGGCAGUGAAGCUGCCUGCCGGCCCGGACUCCACGCCACAGGCACCAAGCAUCGCCUUCCCACUCGCAAACCCUCCUGUGGCGCCACAACCUCCAGAGACGGAGAGUGGUGGGCAUGAGGGUGAUGCCAUUCAGCCCCAUCGUUACUUCCAGCUUUCUUCCAUGAGUGCCCAGGAGCGCAUUGACUACUUGCAGCUCAUAGAGCAGCUUGGUGGAGUGGUGCUGGAUAAGCAGUACUUCGACCCAAGCUGCAGCCAUAUCAUCGUAGGAAACCCUCUGCGCAAUGAGAAGUACCUGGCGUCAAUGGCAGCUGGGAAGUGGGUGCUACACAAAUCCUACUUGGAAGCGUGCCGAGCCAUGGGCCGCUUUGUGCAGGAGGAGGAGUAUGAGUGGGGUAGCAGCCACAUCCUGGAUGCCCUAGCCAACCUCACCACCCAGCAGCGCCGCCUCGCUACAGCUGCCAUGCGUUGGCGUAAAAAGCUACAACUUCAGCGACGGCAGGAGCCUGGAGCCCAGGUCGGUGCGUUCGGUGGCUGGAAGGUGAUCCUGAAUAUUGAACAGAGCAAAGAGUCAGGCUUCAGGAGGCUACUGCAGUCGGGAGGCGCAGAGGUGCUGUCGAGCGGUGAGGCCCAGGCACUAGAAGAGGCCACACAUCUGUUUGUGGACGUGGCGCGAUUGCGGUCGGAGGAGGUCCGCACUGGGCUGCUGCAGGCCGCGGCACAACAUGUGCACUGCCUACGUCCCGAGUACAUCGCUGACUUCCUCAUUAUGGAUUCCCCACCCAAUCUGGAGCAGUAUUACAUCCCAGAUGGGCCAGCACUACAAGCAGGCGAGGAAUCUGGCCCCUCCACUGCCCGAAAACGAAAAGCCACAGAUUCAGCAUUGAAAGAAAAACGAUCUCGACUCCAAUGAACCCAUCGCCCUCUAGUUCUUAACUGUUUCACUGUGAUUCUGUUUCUGUUAACAUUGUAUUAAAAGAACAGCAUUGUCUUGUUUAGGCAAACAACAUAAACAUUGAUUUGUUGUCGAAAUGUAGUUAUCCAUAUUAAAUAUGCAGCUUAUAACUACUCUAUAUCUUCUGUCUGGAAGUCAUGCAAUGUAUUGUACAGGUAAACUAAUGAUUUUAAAACUGUGUUUUUAUUGUUUAAUAAAUGUAAUUUUAUGGCACGUAAAA